CGGUACGUGUAGUUCGUAGGAACGUGUCAUUCCUACGCGUCCCGUACAUUCUAUCGGGAAUAUAUACUUAGAAAAUUCAGUGUUAACGAGUCGGGUAGUUCGAGAGAAUCAACUGGUUGCAGGAACAAUAAACAGAUUGAAGAUCCUCCGGUGCUGUUGAUCGACUGGUAUUUUUGAGACCAUGGAGAGUACUUUGACAGAAUUCGAGGAAAGUGUGUCCUUCGACAUCGAUGACCCGGACUUUGCCCCAUCGAAUCCUUGCACUGUUGCUCAUAAUGUUCUGCGCAGUAUACAACUCAGCGAUAUUACAUUUGGCGUCAAUAAACUCGUAACGCAUCAAACUAGCAGUAUGUCCGUAACUACGACUGUGCAACCAGCUACCGAGAGCCUAUCUCGCCAUGGGAGCAACAUCUCACUGUCCUGCCAUAGUUCGUGCGGGAGCGUGGACGAUGGCCUCCAAGGAUCUCAUCCUCAGUACCAGGACACGAUCCUUACAAUCGAGGAACUUCGUGCUCAACUCAACUCUUGCUUUACAUGUGGGGUUUCGUGGAGCGAAGAACACGUCUCUCUCGACUGCAGCGAGUGCGGUGGAUACUCCCUUCAACGGCCGUGCCCACUUUGCGAUGGACGUUGCCGCACCUCGUGGAAACGCGACCUUACCAUGUCCCACGCGAGUGGCAAGGCAAGGUGGAUCGGUGAAUGCGGGCUCAGUUGCGGUCCCUCCAGUGAAGAGCCGUUAAUACCAGCGUUGGAAAAGCUACGAGCCACCUCGUGAACGGUGUCCACCGACGAAUGUAUAAAGAGACGUCGUCGUUGUGUACCGUCAACCAUGCACAAGACUUAAUCCAUCACCAUCCAUAUAUCGUCACCCCACCACCAUUGUGCGAGUCGGAAAAUACGUGUGAAUGUGGAUUCUGGAUGCAUAGAUGAUACAUUAUGUUCCUGAGGAGCGAGGACGGGACCCGGAUCACAUCUCUGAGACAAUGAACAACACCGCUCUUCUCUCCUAAAGGCUUCCUGCUGUUCGAUGAUGCAUUACCAUGAUGAAACGGUAUCGAUUAUGAGCCGGAACGUACUUUCGCCGUUUCCGGACGUCAACCUUGACCACUUAAUAAGCGGCAUCACCUGAAUUAAAAAAAAGAAAAGCAAAAUAGAAAGAUUAUAACUAAAGCGGAAUUAUCGCUACUGACGAUCUGUUGAUGACUUUUCUAUUAUCGCCGUUACGAGAGAGCAUACCCGAUUCGAGCAGCUUGGAAGUAGUGGGAUAACCGAAUACGUACAGCAUACGGACAGCAUUAGAGAGAAAGAGAGAGAUUCGCGUCAUAAUUGAGAACUGCUCUUUACGCAGGUAUAUUCUUUCGUGACAGCGGGUUAUAUGGUGCAUCGUAUCAAGGGUCGACAAUGCAAUACCACGCUCGAUGUUGUUGUAUUAUUGUAAAUCUCGAAUCAUUGUUCAUUUCAUUUGAAAAGUAUACAAUAAUCACUGGUCAUUUUAAAAAUACGAUCGGGUCGUGGAAAUUGUUUUCAAAAAUAAUUGGAAACAGUAAACCGGUAGAAUUGAGAAACGAUGAGGAUUACAUAUAGUCGCUUGAUCGAUCAACAUCGAUCGAGUUGUUCGAAUCGUGUAUAUAUUCACGAACAUACGUGUUGCUGCCAUGAAAUGUUUCGAUAUUUCGAUGCACGGACUAGCGAGGAAAUACUUACGCGAAGUGGUAGUAGAGUACGAAAUACAAAUAUGUAGUUAAAAGAGCACGCACGCGCGCGUGUAUAUCAUUACGUUUUACGGAUCUGUAUUAGGUAUUCCCACGUUUAGCUUGUAUCGAAAAAUUACAUUUUUAGAUGUAUAUAUACUUUUUUUUUAAAUUAGUGAACGAUACGUUUUUGGUCUCGAAAGAUAAGUGCACAAUCUUACGCGAUUAAAAAAACCAAUAAAAAAACGUUUCUUUCAUCAGAACCAAUUUGGCGCAAAGUUGAUAUCUUGGACUAAAAAUGGAUUUCAGAAGAUUUUGAAAUAAAGAAUGACAAUGAUAAAUCUUAUAAUGGCACACAUGUUUAUCGAUAGAUUGUGCGAAAUACUCGUUAUCUAAAUUUGUAAUUAGGAGUCCCAGUAAAUCGGAGGGACAUAUUGAUUUCAUAAAAAAAUAACUAAUUUGGCUAUUGAUUUAAAUUGAGUGAACUUUUCAAAUGUAUACGAUAAAAAUACGCGAAUUAUACGGUUAACUAAUCGUUUUAUAGAAGAAUAUUUUAAAACUUUGUGUACCAUAAACGAGAUACAUCUUUUCCUACGAUUAUAUUUCUAAAAGUUGAUGCUAAGUGCCAAGAGCCAAAUAAAAAUUAGCCUAAGAUGCAGAAUCGUAAGAAAUACCGAUCAAAGCAUAGGAACUAUAAUAGUUAUUGUUGAUUAAACUUCUUUUUACAAUAUGUUGCAAACACGUACGGCGCGAGAGCGAAGAGAAACACGUACAACUUCGAAUAAUUGUACGUACGUGCAGUCAUCUCGUUGUAAAGUGCGAAUGAAAAUAAUGUAAAAAAAAAUAGUUAACAAGACGUCACUCUAUUUACUAUUUUCCACUUACAUAUAUGUACGUAAUGAACAUGUUUCUACUCGGUUUUAGUUUUAGUUGAACGCAUACGUAUGUAGUUCACGUGAAAGAAUAAGCAUUUAAAUUGGUGCCAGUGGUUUUGUCAGGUUUUGUACAGUUUCAUUCUUUUUUCUAAGCGAUCACACUGAAAACAUUUGUAAUAUUUUUUUCGUAAAGAAAAAAGCGAUUGUUUUAAUUCGUGCGCCAUUUAUUUUAUAAAGAUAUCUAUGUAUUCUUUGAUUGACUGGUGUAAUGUUUCGUAUGUGAGAACAUGUUCAUCAAGUCCAUGCUCAUUUUUAAAUUAAAAGUACUGUAACUCGUGAA